AUGGAGCUCAAACCAAGAGUAUGGUUCGCUGCAAUUUCACUAGUCCUCUACAUCGAUCUAACCCACUCCACGCUACAACUGCUCCACGAAUCCCAGAACUCCCUCUUCAAAACUGCGCACUUUGUCGGCACCAUUCUGGCUUCGAUCUGCAACGAAAACGAUGCGGUGUACCAACUUCGGAUGAUCAACCUUCGGUAUCAUAGCUCUAGCAGUGAAGUAAUGAACGGAGCCCUCCGGCUGCUUUCGAACAGUACCUGUUCACGAAGGAUCAUCGACGAUCUAUACCGGGAACCGCAGAGACUGUUCACCGGGGUGCAUUACUUCGUGGUGUUUUUUGACACUUCGAGAACGAACAUCAAACACCUGGAAUACUUCGUAAAGUACCACAAACUUUGUCACGGAAAUAAUCGGUACAUUUUUGUAGUCGCGUGCAAGCCCGGAUACUUUUGGCCACGUGGAAUUUUAAUGAAAAGUGAUCGAUUUCGGAUGCACAACGUCAUGCUGAUCCGGUACGAUGACAAGGACGCGCCAAAGGCUACGUUCUGGCAUCCGUUUCUGUUUCAAGAGUACGGCUACGUUUUGGGACAAAACGUUGAACAAGCGUUCAGAUCGCACUACACGAACAUGAACAACUACCCGUUUCUUGUACAAUAUCUGCGACUGGACUUUCCUGGGCUGCAUGAGAUCGACUUUUAUCGAUACUUCUUCCGAACAGUUGCCGAACUUCGGAAUGGUGGCGAAGCAGUUAUUGACUUGUACAACAAUGCCUUAAAUGACUACGCUGACUUUUGGAUCAUGGACGCGGUCUACUUCGGGAUCCCGGACUACUUCCGACUGCUUCCGAUGAACGUAUUCCGCUAUCUCUGUCUGGUAACUCCGUCGAGUAGUGAGAUCCCCUGGAUCCGAAUCAUCAUAGAUCCGUACGAGGAGCACGUGUGGAUUGCCUUUAUCGUUGUGUUCGAACUAGUCGCGUUGGUCCUAUACCAAGUCGGUCGAAAGAAUCGUACCCAGCGAGAUCUGAUCACCGCCCACUUUGAAGCGUACCAGAUGUUCAUGGAAGGUCCCCUGAACCGGCAACGAAGUCGCCCAGAGAAGAUCGUCGUAACCACGUUCGUGUUCUUCAGCAUGAUCCUCAUAACGAUCUACGAGUCCGUCCUCGUCUCCUCGAUGUCCGUCAAGCGGUUCUACCCGGAACUAAACACCAUCGAAGAGGUCAACAACUCCGCGUACCCGGUAGCCAUCAACCGAAAGAUGGCAGAACGAAACGGGAUCCACUUCAAGCAGAUGCUGGAUUGGGGUGAGCUGGUCAAAGGCAACAUCUACACGAUAACGACGACCUGUGAAGCGGUGGACUACUUCCGAACUAGUUCGAAGGUUAAGAUGCACGUCGUCAAGGAGUACCUCUCAACGCAGAUUGACUCGUUCUUGAUCGCGACCUUUUCGCCGUACGACGCCAUGAUCAGUCAGUACUGGAGCGUGUUUCUGGAGUCGGAGUUGAUUUCGUUCUGGAUGAUGUACCACUUUCCGCCAAAAUACUUUGGACGAGAAAAUGAGAACGUUCCCAAGCCUUUGCUGCUGCACGACAUGAACAUUAGCUGGGUGGUUGCGUUGAUAGGUUUAUCGACCAGUUUAGGAGUGUUCUUGAUUGAGAUGUCGGCAGGGUUUUUGAAAAGUAGGAAAAAGGUGUCGAAAAUGUAUGGAUUUCAGGAUACAGAUAAAAUCCUGUAA